AUGGAAGACCACGAGAGGGUGCCAAGCGGGCCCCAGUUUAUGGGCCUGAGGGACCUUCCGCUAGAUAUGAUGAUGCUUCUUCAGAAGCUAGAAGAAGACUUCUAUGUGAACAAAACCAUUGACCAAUGGACAUACAUUAACCGGAGAGAGGAGAUUAUGAAGCAGGUGAACAAGCUCCACCAGAAGCAGCAGAAUGCAAGGCCGUUGGAUGCGGAGCUGCUUGAAAAAGUGUUGAUGCCUCGUAAGCGGGCCGACAGUGACAGUUUUAUCAAGCAGUCGUUGGCGAAAAUAUUGAAAGAAAGAGCGUCGUUGUAUAAACAGGAUCUAGCAUUUCAGGUUCUUGACUCGAAAGGGAAGGAGCAGCUGUCAAUUUCCUGGGAAAAGCUUUACUUGAAGGCUACCAAAGUGGCCUCUGACCUCAAACACAGGCACCAGCUAAAACCCAACGACAACGCUGUGCUUUUAUACAAAGACGGAGAGGUUUGUGAGUUUGCAGUGGCACUUUAUGGCUGUUUUAUGGCUCGAGUCUCAGCAAUUCCUAUCCACCAGGAUGUUUCGCUCCAAGAGAUGUUUGAGAUCAUAACGUUGACGUCGACCUCGUUUGUCCUCAUGUCUGAGUCUGUGCUGAAAGAAAUCGAAAGAAUCUCGGCUACAAAUCAAAAAAUCACAUGGCCGCCCAAGGUAAUUAGGUUGCGUACCACUGAGUUGGGCUCUGCAAAACGUUCCGAUAUCGAGAAUGUGUUUGGUAAAUCAGCUAAGAAAGAUGAACACUUGGCUGGGAAAAACGAACUGGCCUACUUGGAGUUUUCAAGAUCUCCCGUGGGUGAGUUAAGAGGCAUCGAGAUCAGUCACUGCAAUAUUCUUCAUCAGAUGAACUGCCUAGAUAUGUCCUUACUGAGUUUACCGGACUCUGGUUACUCGCUCAAACAACCGCUCAGCUCUCCACGAAGAGGGAAAAGAACUUUUUUGGCCACGGUUGAUCUCCGAAUCUCCAUUGGCCUCAUUGUGGGUAUCAUGUUCACAGUGUACUCUGGCAACAUGCUUGUUUGGGCGCCACCCAAGGUCAUGGAAGUGCAAGGCCUCUACGCCCAUAUAAUCUCUAAAACACGGGCGAACCUCUUACUUGCAGACUUUUUGGGGCUCAAGAGAGUCACCUAUGACUACCAACUGUCGCCCAACACCACUCGUUAUUUUUCUAAAACUCAGCGUGUUGAUUUUUCCACAAUCAAAUGGGUUCUCAUUAAUGCACUUUCUGUUGAUGGAGAGCUAUUAGAAGUACUCGCCGAGCGUUAUCUCAAACCAUUAGGGUGUCAGCAACCUCGCAAUGCUAUCAUACCGAUGCUCACUCUUAGUGAAUACGGUGGUAUGGUGAUAUCCAUGCGUGAUUGGGUCGGUGGAGGAGAAAAAUUGGGUCUCGGACCUAAUUUCAAGACUACGGACGAGAUUUCUUCUGUCAUGAUAGAAAAAGAAGCUCUCUUACGAAACACUGUAAAAAUACUUGAGACUGAUGUAUCUGAGAUGGAGGAGCGCUCUAGUGACUCAUUGAGGGUAGAUGCUUUUGGUUAUCCGUUACCGGAUGCGACUUUAGCGGUGGUAAAUCCAGAGACGUCGUCCGUGGUCGAAAAAGGGGAACUUGGUGAAAUAUGGGUUGACAGUCCUUGUUUGUCGGGAGGAUUUUAUGGCCUUAAAAGAGAAUCAAGGCAGAUUUUUCAUGCCAAAUGUCGAAAUGCAGAUGGAACGAUGGAGCAAGAAUUUCUUCGAACUGGUCUCUUGGGUUUUACCCAUGCCGGAAAGGUCUACGUUUUGGGGCUCUAUGAGGAUAGGAUUAGACAGAGGGUCAGCUGGAUUGACCAAAAGAUUCAUAAGAGACUUAAAAAAGAACUUCAUGUCGACAAUGGAACCCGCUACCACUAUGUUUCUCAUUUACUCGCCACUUUAGCCAGUGAAGUUAGAGAGGUUUACGACUGCACCAUUUUCGACGUGUUCAUAGGGAACGAAUACUUGCCGGUGGCAAUUGUGGAAGCCGAGGUGAUACGAAGAAUUAUUGAUGACUCCGACCUGUCUUCAACCUCGGGAACGAAGAGAGAUAAGAUUGAUUAUGCUGCAGCCCCGUUGAACGAGCCGGUAUUGAAUGCCAUUGCUCAAAAAUGUUUCGAUACUCUCAACAAACAUCACUUUCUUCGCCUAUACUGUGUGGUAGUUGUCGACUGUGACACUCUUCCAAAAAUCAUGAGAAGUGGUGGUUUAGAAAUUGCCAACAUGUUGUGUAAGAAGCGGUUUUUUGAGGGAACUUUGCGAGCUGAGUUUGUUAAAUUCUUUGUUCGCCAGUCGAUAAGUAUGUUACCUCAUGGUGAAGAUGUUUUGGGAGGAAUAUGGUCACCUUACGCAUCUGAACUCCGAAGCGCCUCCUUAUCAAACUUCAUGCCUCAAAUCACCUCCAUAGACUACAGAGAAAAGUCUGUCGAUGACAAGACAGGUGCUCCACUCACCGACUUUAAGUCCAUUGUGGAUAUAUUGAAGUUUCGUGUCGCUCACUCUGGAGACAGCAUUGCAUUUCAGAACAUUGAUCCCAGUGGCAAAAGCAGUCUGAAACCGUUGACUUGGAAAAAAUUUGAGCUUCGUGUCUAUGCUAUGUGUAACCACAUAAUGACCAAAACAAGUUUAAGGAGUGGCGAGUAUGUCAUAUUGAUGUACUCGCUCUCUGAAGACUUCAUUGUUGCUGUUUAUGCCUGUUUCAUGCUCGGUAUCAUCCCGAUACCAAUGCUUCCCUUUGACUCAAACAGAAUUGGUGAGGACUUCCCCGCCUUUGUAGGAGUUGUAAAGGACUUCGACAUUCAGGAAGUCUUUGUUAAUGAAGAUGUCGAGAAGUAUAUGAAGAAUGGACCUGUGGCUGAUGCUCUCAAAAAGAUGAACCACAGAAGACAACGAGCUUUAAAGAUUAAGAGCACAAGCAAGAUCAAUAAGGUUUCCAACACAGCAUCUCUUAAUGCCAAGAUUGCUAAAUAUCAAUCAGACUCAAGGUUCAGAGACGAAACGACCACUAGUCUAGUUUGGUUGCACUUUACCUCGGAUCAUUAUAGAGUUGGCGCCUGCCUCAGUCACAAGAACAUUGUCAGCAUUUGCAAAGUGUUCAAAGAAACCUGCAAUCUCAGUUCAAAAUCGUCUAUCGUGGGGUGUGUGAGGCAUUCGGCUGGCAUUGGCUUCGUCCAGGCGUGUCUUUUAGGUGUAUUCUUGGGCACAACCACGUACUUAAGCUCGCCCGUUAAUUUCGCUGAAAACCCUUUGGCUUUCUUUUUGUCUUUAGCGAAGUAUAAGGUCAAAGAUGUCUUUGUCACGGAGCAAAUGCUCAAGUACGCGGUGACUAGGUUUACUCCAAAGGGUUUCAAUCUUUCAUAUUUGAAAAACAUGAUGAUAAGCACGGAGAAUCGAGUUGAAAUUGACUUACUCAAGAAAAUUGCAAAGGUAUUCCAGCCUAUCAAACUCAGUGCUGCAGCUGCAUCUGCGGUCUACACCCACUGCUUCAAUCCAAUAAUCUCAACUCGGUGCUACAUGACGGUGGCACCAGUUGAUCUUUACCUUGAUCCUGUUGCUUUGAGGCAAGGUUACGUAUCGAUUGUGAAUCAACUUGAAUUUCCCAAUGCACUUAGAAUUCAGGAUUCGGGUGUUGUUCCCGUCUGCACCGAGGUUGCGAUUGUCAAUCCAGAGACUUGCAAAUUGUGCAAGGAAGGGGAGUUUGGUGAAAUUUGGGUUUGCUCAGAGGCAAAUGUUACGUCGUUCACGAAUGGUCCUAGGGGCCCAAUUGAUCAGUUCACCUCUCGCCAAUUCUUGGGAAAGAUCGUUGAUGGUAACCCUGACAUGACGUAUCUCAGAACCGGUGAUUUAGGGUUCCUUCAUCAUAUAAAUAUUUCCAAAAACUCGCACAACGGGAACGCAAAAGAGGAGACGUCUUCAUUCCAACCUUUAUUCGUUUUGGGCAAGAUUUCCGAUACAUUUGAGGUGAUGGGCUUGCAUCAUUUUCCGAUCGACAUUGAAGCGACGAUAGAAUCUUGUCAUCCAGAUAUUUAUACAAAUGGCUCGUGUGUUUUCAAGGCCUCCGAUUUCACCAUCGCUGUGUGUGAGUCCAAAAAGACGAAAAACCUAGCAGCGUUGGUACCUCUAAUUGUCAACACGGUAUUCAGCAAGCACCACAUAAUCAUCGACAUUGUUGCGUUCAUAAAAAGGGGAGAGUUUCCUAUAUCAAGGCUCGCCACCAAACAGCGAGCUAGGAUCGUGGACGCUUGGGUCCAAGGCAUUAUUCCCAUCAAAGUGCUGUAUGGUAUCAACUUUGGUGAGAACUCCAUGAUCAAACUCAUCAAGGAGAUCGAUGAAGUAGCCAAGAACGACCCAAUCACAGGCCUCAAGAAUCCAGCACAAUCCUACUACGACAACGCAGACGAUGACAUAUUCACAGGCUCGGGUACCAUGCUCAACUUGAACACUGAUGGGGAAGUCGACAGUGCAUCUACUGCGCACGCAUCUUCGAGCCACUCUAUCAGGUACCAAGGGUCGAUCCGCUCAAACGCUGAUUCGGCCAUCUCGCGGCAAUAG